AUGCCGGGCGCGAAAAGUGAAAUUAAAUGUUUGAGCCACAAUGCCGAAUGCAUCUAUCCAGAAUCUCGAAGAGGCAGGAAGAAGGACCUCAGAGGUGCAAGUGCAUCACUGGAGGAUCGCCUAGCGCGUAUGGAAACCAUGAUGCAGGCCCGAAACAACAUCCAGUUUCCGCCAUCCGAAAGCUCCCCCCCCGAUAAUGUUGUCGACGACAACACCCUUUGGGCGCCUACGCAGGGCAACAACCAUAGCCUUGGUGACAGUGUCGUUUGGAACUCGAUACAGAGAGAAGCGCAUAGUGGAUCGGUUGCGCCACCCAAUGAACGUCCAACAGAGAUUCCCCUGGAAAAUCUCGAGGGUUCGAUCGCGACUUCCCCCCCGAUCGCCUCUUUGAUACCUGUUGAGGCUCGGAAUUCGCAUCAUGGAAUUUCAACAUUGGCAACACAUCGCAGCCACGACGAUACGCAUCAGUCGCCUCUUUCGAAUCGCUCGGACAUGCAGCAUGGGACAUUAGAUACAGAGGCAAGCGUUCUUGCCCCACAGAUGGUAAAUUGGGAACACCAUGGGCCCGGAUCAUGGUUGUCGGUCUGCUCCAAGCCGGGACUAGCAUGGGUAGCCCAGAGAACCGGUGUCAACGACUUUACAGAUAGCGCAAGAGAGCUGGUAUCCACGUGGACGAGACGUCUAUCCUUGACGCGUAAAAGGCUUCUGCAUCCUCAGGAUCAUGACCCUGACCCGGAAGUUGCUUGGAAAUACUCCGAUGGGAUCAAAGCAUUUUUCGAAGAUUCUCUUGCGUCGACCCACGGCGUUGUUUACCGUCCAGAAUUCGAAAGCGCUUUACGCGCUCAUCUUCAAGGUGAUACAACACUAUGCGCCGACCCAGCAUGGUACGCUCUCCGGAAGACAGUGUAUGCAUCUGGUUGUCGCAUCUACAAGUCCAAACAUACAACAGCGAGCUUUGCCGAAAUUCAAACCGAGGCUUGGAGCCUACUGGCAGUUCGUGCCCUGACUACCAUGACGUUCUUCUCAGAAGGGCUUGGAAACCCUGCCCUGGAGUACAUGCUCUGCACCAAUGCGGCGCGCGUAGCGCAGGCGAAAGGCCUACAUCGCCGACCUGCUGAUACGUGGAACCUUUCAAAGCAUGAUGAACUACAUUUUGGUUGGCUGUUCUGGGCUAUAUACUGUUGCGACAAACAUAUUGCUCAUCGUUCGGGUCGACCGUCGGCAAUUGAUGACGAUGAUAUCAGCUGCGAGAUUCCCAAUGAGACAUGCCCGGGCAGUACAAUCGAUAUCCAAGCUUGCACAGCGCUCAUCACCCAUGCAAAGUUAUCUUCGCGAAUCUCCAAAAGCCUGACAUCUGUCAAGGCAUUCCGGCAGAGUCCUAGCGAGUUCCUCCAGACAGCGACAUCAUUGGAUGCAGAACUGCGAGAAUGGAGGCAAUCUCUCCCUAUCACUAUGCGGCCUGUUGAUAAACUCACGGCGUUUCGGAUCCCGUCCAACAGCAUAACAUUCUCAACAACCUACAUCCACUAUGCUUAUUACGGUACUCUGAUGGCUAUUCAUACAAUGAUCGCCUAUCCUUGGAUUCGCAGUACCGUGUUUGACCACGAUAGAGAUAUGGUUGAUCACGAUCAGAUAAUAGCAAGCUCUAACAUAGUCGCAGAUGCUGCAAGGAACAUCAUUGUUAUUGCGAGGAGUCUUGGGAUUGAUGCGGCCUCCAUUCAAUGGUUCAAACCUCUUCUCUACACAUAUGUGCUAUAA